CCCACAGCGCAGAGAGCGACUGUGUGGAGCCUGAGGAAGCUUGAACCAACUGCACAUCCCCAGGUGAACCCCAUCAGCCAGCACCAUGUCUGAGGCAGAAGAGGUGGAGUAUGAGGAGGAGCAGCAUGAAGAAGAGGAACAGGCUGAGCAGGCCGAGGAGGAGGAAGUGUCUGAGGAACCCCAGCCGGCCGCAGACCCAGAAGAGGAGCGUCCCAAACCCAGCAGGCCGGUAGUUCCCCAGCUGGCUCCCCCGAAGAUCCCCGAUGGGGAGAGAGUGGACUUUGAUGACAUUCACCGCAAGCGCAUGGAGAAGGACCUGCUGGAGCUGCAGACGCUCAUCGAUGUGCACUUCGAGCAGAGGAAGAAGGAGGAGGAGGAGCUCAUCGGCUUGAUGGAGAGAAUUGAGCGCCGCCGAGCGGAACGGAACGAGCAGGUGCGGUUCCGGACCGAGAAGGAGCGGGAACGCCAGGCCAAGCUAGCGGAGGAGAAGCUGCGCAAGGAGGAGGAGGAGGCCAAGAAACGGGCCGAAGACGACGCCAAGAAGAAGAAGGUUCUGUCCACCAUGCCGCAUUUCGGGGGCUAUCUGGUCAAGGCCGAGCAGAAGCGGGGCAAGCGGCAGACGGGGCGGGAGAUGAAGAACCGGAUCUUGGCCGAGCGACGGAAGCCCCUAAACAUCGAUAGCAUGCGGGAGGAUGAGCUGAGGGACAAGGCCAAGGAGCUGCACGACUGGAUCCACCAGCUGGAGUCGGAGAAGUUUGACCUCACGGAGAAACUCAAGCGCCAGAAAUACGAGAUUAACAUCCUGUACAACAGCAUCAGCCACGCCCAGAAAUUCAAGAAGGGGGCCCCCAAGGCCCGCCUGGGCGGCCGCUGGAAAUGAGCCCGGAGCCGGAGCAGCCUCGGCCCCCGGCCCACGCC